AUGAGUGUUCUAAUUGAUGAGGCACAUAGCCUAGACCACAUUGGUAGCUUACCAACAACUUUUCUCAUGAGUGAAGGUACGAAAUAUCAUGGUGGGUUAAGGAUUGCUCUAAGUUUCGAAUAUUCUGUUGAAGCCAAUGAAUUCUUAAAGGACAAAGAUAGAUGGAAAGACUGGUUCAAGUGGAUUAUCUAUGGUGAUCACAAGGAACUUCAAUAUGAAAGAACGACAUUGAGUAAAAUUUUAGGAGUACCACUGAAAUCCUGGGAUGAGGACAACUUUUCUCUAAUUGCUAGUAGAUUCAGGAGAGUCAUUAAUCCAUUUGAUAACAUCCAGAACAUAAGAGAUCUUUCGAUGGGAAAGGUAGGAGUAUUAACAUCGAAGAAAAAAUGGAUCAAUGAGGACAUCAAAAUCAUUGAAAAUGGGGAAACAUACAAUUUCGAGGUUGUCAAAGAUGUUUGGCCACCAUUUUAG